AUGGAAACUGCUGCCUGCUCUUGGCCUCUGCUGUUGCCCACUGCACAACUGCGUACGGACAUCAAUAUGGGCAAGCCAGCCGCUAAAUCGUCUGGCCUAGCUGCCGACGCCGUCUCGCUGCACACCAACCCGGGCGACAACGAGGGUCUGGUGCCAUAUCAUGACGACGAUGCCCCCGAACUGAACAUCGAUGCCCUCGAUGAGCUGCCUCCUAUAUAUAGCGAUGUGAUUGCGGAAUCUUCGUCCAGUGCCCCCUUGCUGGCAGCGCCUGCUCCACCGGCUUCGCCGUAUUCCGCACAUCUCAGAGAUACAAAUACGGGCGCCGAAUCCUACAUCGACAAACAUCUCGAGUCACCGGCCGAACUGGAGAAGUUUAUUCGCUUCCUGGCCAUGAAGCCUCCGCGGCCCUAUGUGAAGAUCGUUGGGACACAUCAAACCAGGACGAAGAAGAGCGAUGGGAAGACCGAAACGGAAAAGGUGACCGACUUCGACGUAUCUGUCGAGUUAACACCCUACCUCUACUCGAAUGCGCAGUAUGGGAAGUCAUGGACGCAGCUCCGCACAGUCGACGAUGGGGAGAAAGUGCGCCGCGGCACUUCAUUGAAGAAGCGGGCAGCAGGUUCUAAGCAGGACAUCGAAGUCGGCGGAGGUCCAAAACCCACGCUCGAGGAGUGGUGUCACCGCUUCUGUGCGAGCCACGCCGGCUUGAAGUGCUUUACGCUCAACCGCCAAAUGACUGGCUUUGACUUCGGCAAGGUUCAAGAGGAAUUGCAUAGCCUGGUGCGAAGCACCAAUUAUCGCGGUCAUGUCCAGAUUUACCUUGAGACCAAAGAUGCGAACGUCGAGAUCUACAACGAGGCACGAAUAAACAGAUGGCGCCUGUUGCCCUGGCUGCGCUUUCUGUUUGGUAUCACACUGUUGAUCCUAUUCUCUUGGCCGUACCUCUUCUUCAGGACGAAGCGAUGGGAAGUCGCGGUAGCAGAGUGGCCAUUUUCACGAAUGGCAGACGGAAGCAAUCGCGAAUAUGUGAGCAUUAGCGAGGAUCAAUGGUACAACAUAUGGGGUCGGGCCAUCAUCAAAGCUGUCCUCGAGAAACGUCAGAAGGUUCUGGAUCAAGAUGAUUUGAGGAGGUCGCAAGAACCUGAGCCAAGCUUCGAGACGGGCAACGCGAGCGUGGAUGGCGCUCUUGGCCUUUUUCGAGCGGGCAUGAGUGCGAUGAACGAAGUCAAUCGUCAGCUGGGGUGGGGAGCAGAUUCGUAG